CUAUGUCUUAAAUCAGUUUAUCAUAAACAUAAAUCAAGUAGUGAUGGAGAGACGCAUCUUUUCGAAACUCGGGGUGAACUGAAUCAAUUGUAAAAUGAUUCAGUGAUUCGAAACGCGCGAAUCAGCGCACGCGGACGACACCUGCUGCUCAAAACAACAAACUCAAACAAACUUCAAAUGUUUUCGUGACAAAGUCUACUUUCUAUUUUCAUGAAGGACAAAGUGUACAAACACAGAAAAACUGGUGAAUCAACUGAGAUCCUCCUGACACACUGUUAUAAAGAUGGUGUUUAUUAAAGAGGAGAGUGAAGACAUGAAGAUUGAAGAAGCAUUCAGAGUCAAACAUGAAGAUACUGAGGAACAAACAGGCCUGAUGGCGCUGAAAGAGGAGAGUCAAGAUCUGAAUGAAAUGGAAGAGAAAGAUCUGCAUGAAAAACAUCAUGAUUUCAUAACUGGAGAAAAAUCUUUUUGUUUUUCACAGACUGAAAAGACUUCCUCUCAAAAAAAAGCUCAGAAGACUAGAUCUAGAAGUCAUUUCACCUGCCAACAAUGUGGAAAGAGUUUAAACAAAAAAGAAAACAUUAAAAGUCAUAUGAGAAUUCACACUGGAGAGAAGCCUUACACCUGCCAACAGUGUGGAAAGAGUUUCCCAAGAAAAUAUAAUCUUAGGAUUCACAUGAAAAUUCACACUGGAGAGAAGCCUUACACCUGCCAACAGUGUGGAAAGAGUUUCCCACGAGAAGAUAAUCUUAGGAUUCACAUGAGAAUUCACACUGGAGAGAAGCCAUUCACAUGUGAUCAGUGUGGAAAGAGUUUCCCACGAAAAGAAAGCCUUAGGAUUCACAUGAGAAUUCACACUGGAGAGAAGCCGUUUGUAUGUAGUCAGUGUGGAAAGAGUUUCCCUCAUAAAGCAACCUUUUAUACUCACAUAAGAAUUCACACUGGAGAGAAGCCUUUCACCUGCAAACUGUGUGGAAAAAGUGUGAACCAAAAAGGAAAUCUUACGGCUCACAUGAGAAUUCACACUGGAGAGAAGCCUUUCGCAUGUGAUCAGUGUGGAAAAUGUUUUGUACGUAAGGGAGGCCUUAGUAAGCACAUGGAUAUGCACUCAAGAGAGAGCUGUUUUAUAUGCCUUCAGUGUGGAAGUACGUUCACAAACAGUAAACACUUGAAGAGCCACGUAAUAACUCACAUCGGACAGGAGCCUUUUAUGUGUAAUCACUGUGGAAAGACUUUCACAAGAAAAGCAAACCUCAAGACUCACAUGAGAAUUCACACUGGAGAGAAACCUUUAACGUGAACAAUGUGGAAAGAGUUUCAGACAGAAAAUAUACCCGCAUUAGAGUUGACACCACAGAGAGGCCUUUUCACGUAACUUCAGUGUGAGUUUCAUAUAUCAAAUAGAUAGAAUGUAGGGUACCUGUGGGUCCUUGAAAAGACUGUAAUAGCAUUAAAUUCACUUUCAACGACUUUUGCAGGGGUUUUAAAUAUUUGAAGCACAAACAGAUGAGAUGCUUGAAAAGGCAAACCUGUUUUUGAUUGACUGGAGAUUGUCAUGGUAACUGAUUUUUAAGCAGCUGUCAUAAUCUUUUAAUAUGUGCGUUUCAGGGGUUGUUUAUAUUUAAUCUUUACUUUCUUAAUGUUAUUGGUAUUGUUGGAUUUUUUUUUAAAGCAAUGUGCUUUUCUAAAUUAUUUUUGUCAUUUUUAUAUAUGCAAUAAAUAUUCAAUUAACAUUUUAUAGAUUAACUUUCUACUUCCUAUCAGAGUAAAAUAGCUGCAAAUGCUUUUUCAGAUAAAACGUCCCAGUGUUAUGGAAAUUGCCAUUUAUGAUUAAUUCAGUCACUGUCAUAAGCACUGCAAAUACAGAUUAGAGGGUGACACGGGAGUGGAUUUUCAAACCUUUCCCGUCCCACUCCCACAAAAAAAAAUCUCGUCCCGUCCCAAUCCCACAAAAAAACUGGGGGAAAAUCCCGUCCCGUUCCAAUCCCGGAAGAAUGACUCCCAUUCCCUCCCACUCCAGUGUUGUUGUUUUUUGUACAGUAAAAAUACAGUACAGAUCACAGCGUGCCCACCUUAGUUGAAUAAAAAUCUGAAAGCAAGCUUAAACAAUGCACAGUGUGUAUUGCACACACAUUAAAUUUCAUGUAAAUCAUCCAUGCUAACACACGUUUUCUAUUUGAAUUUUUUCAUUUGAAAGUAGACAUUUCACUCUCUUUAGAUAUAUUUUCAUAGACGGAGUUUCAAAGUUUCUCGCUCAAGUUCACAGAGACCUAGACGGCAGAAAGCGCAUCCUGUUUGCUUUAAUUACUUUACAGAAGUCUUUACAGAUUCGAAAGAUAUAUUAGGCUACUUUUAUCUGUAUGAUCAAAAAUUACGGAGAUUUUAAGAGCAAGUGAGCUCACCGGCGCCUGUCCUGCAGCGAGCGCGCUAUUCAGAUUCCACUCUACAGCUUCCACACAAACACUUCAGUAGCGCACAUUUCUCUAGGUUAACAUCAUAUUUUGCUACUACAUACAUCUUUCAGAUGAAAAGCCAUAUUUGAGGUUGAUGAAUGAUAGGUGAGUGUUUGGAUGUCCUGCCCGAGUGUAUUACCACAUAGACCAGCCGUUAACAAUCUAUCCCUCACGGACUGGGUCAUUCACUUAACCAGCCACAGCAAACAGGAGGAGAGCAUAAAGAAUCUAUAAAGUGUAUAUUUUAAUUCUGAACUCAAUUCUAGUUGCCCUGUCUAUUUAUAUAAAAGGUAUAUUUGUGUAUAAAGUUGGGUAUCAUUACUAUUCCUGGUCAAGCCCACUCCUGCUGACAUUUUUUCAUGUCCCGUCCCAAUCACGUGAUUCGUAGCGAUUUUGUUUACCAUCCCGUGGGAUUUCCGAAAAAAUGGCAGCCUCUAAUACUGAUAUCGGCACACACAGGACCGUUUGUGUCUGAACUCGAGCAAUGUGAACGCUCUCUUUCACGUCCACAUUCCUAUAGCAUCGGCGGGUUACUUAGCUUUUAUGAUUAUCACCCCAAAUUGUCAAAUCAACCCAGCUUUCUUACCCAUUAGUCUCAACCUAGCGUUUGGAUUGAAAGAAGAACCCAGGUUUUUUUUUAUUUUUUUUUUUUGUACUAUUAAAAGGUACACUGUGCUAAAUUGCUUGCAAAUGUAAGAUUGUUGUUUACAGGGUUGGGAGGGUUACUUUUAAAAUGUAUUCCAUUACAGUUACAAAUUACUUCAUUAAAAAAAGUAUUCAGUAACGUAAACCAAGUACCACAAUAUAAAAGUAACGUAAUCUGAUUACUUUUGGAUUACUUCAGGUUACAUAUGUAAAUAAAGUCAAAAAAGCAAGUACUUUUAUUUCUGACUUUAAAAUUAAAACGAAUAAAAUCUAUAGUAAAAACUAUUUGAAACUAUUAAAAAUCGUGUCUUGUUUCACCAUCUAGAUAUUACAGCCCGUGUAUAUAUAGCCUGUAUUAUAUAUAAAAGGCUAUGCAGACAUCUAGUGGCUAUACAGUUUAGUAUUACAAUUUUUUUUUUUCUUUUCUUUUUUUUUCUUUAGCAUGUACAAGUAAAAAUAAAUAUACUUCAUACACAACAAUAAAAAUGUACACCAUAUACAUAUUAGUCUAUUUUAAAAUAAGUCUACAUGUCGAAAUGUAUGUGAAAUGCUAUGAUCUUUCUUUAUUUCAUUGACUGAUCCGGGAUGUGGGGACUCUUGGGCACUGUUAAUUUCUACAUUUUCCAGCUCAUUUUCCGCUAGAAAACUUACACACAACUGCAGUCAUGCACACCAUGGAAUUUUAAAUCACUAACAAACACUAAAGUUUAGCUAACAUGAUGAUUUCCAUACAAGUUGGUUGAGUACAAGAGUUGCACAUGUACAGUACUUAUCUGAAGCAUUUGUAUAGUUUGUAUUUUUUAGUUUGUAUAGGUACUUUUUUUAUAGAUAGUAUAUUUAUAUUUAUAGUCAAAAUCUAUCAGUAGGAUAGUUGUGUAUAGGUUUAUAUUGUCUUACUCCAUUGUUGUAUGCCUGUAUUUAUGUAGCACCGUGGUCCUGUGAGGCACGACAUUUCGUUCCACUGUAUGCCCCCGCAUGUAGCGGAAUGACAAUAAAGCUCAACUUGACUUGACUUGACUUGAGUAGCCUUUGUUAAAGCAAGUGUCUUCAUGCAUAGCUUACAAUGUACAACUAUAUUAUUUCCUUUAUCCUUUUUGAUGACAAAAUAACUGAAAUUUCCAGACAUGAAAACGUUUUUCCC